AUGGAUGUUGUCAAGAUUCGCCUGCAACAGCAAGCACAUCCAUUUGUUAGAGGUACUUGCUUUCUUUACUACAAUGGGUUAAUGGACCAUCUAUGUACAGCAUGUGCUGAUAUCAAGUCAAAAGAACCGUGCGAAUGGUUUGCAAGGCCUGGAAAUUUUAAGGGAACGACGGAUGCAUUUAUCAGGAUUGCAAAAACAGAGGGCAUUCGUUCUCUAUGGAGCGGGCUUUCUCCAACACUAAUUAUGGCAGUACCAGCGACAGUAUUUUAUUAUACGGUUUAUGACAAUAUGUUAUGUUGGUUGAGAAAAAUACAUGGUGAACGCUAUUGGACCCCGUUGAUUGCAGGAUCAACUGCUCGUUUAGUUGCUGUGACUGUUGUUUCGCCAAUUGAAUUAAUAAGGACGAAAAUGCAAAGUGAACGUCUUACAUAUAAAGACAUUGGGUUAGCUAUAAAAAGGUCAAAAGCUGUGGAAGGGUGGGUUAGCUUGUGGCGUGGUUGGAGUCCUUCACUGCUACGUGAUAUACCGUUCUCAGCCAUGUACUGGACUGGAUAUGAAUAUUUAAAAGAAAAUGCUUUACGGGUCCUGGACCGCCAAGAAACUAAUUUCUUGAUCAGUUUUCUAUCUGGUGCAGUGGCAGGCUCUUUUGCAGCUUUUGUGACUACUCCAUUUGAUGUCGUCAAAACUUAUCAACAAAUCACACUUGGAAAAGUACAAAAGAAGGGACUUAGAAAAGAUGGAUAUGAUAGAAACAUUGCAGUGAUAAGCCGUGAAUGUACUACAGAUGUCUUUGAAAGAUGGGAAAUUCAAUCAAAGCAUUCACUUGGCAUGAUAAGAGAAAUUUACGAAAAGAAAGGACUUAAGGCUUUAUUUGCAGGCUUAAUACCGCGAGUUACAAAGGUCUCAAGUGCUUGCGCAAUAAUGAUCGGAUGCUACGAGUAUUUCAAACUCUUCUUCAAAGAUUUGAAUGGGUUGUAG